UUUCAGUAUCCUCAUCUCCUGUCAUUUCCUUAUUUCCUCUCCUCCUCCUCCUCUCCACAUGUUGUCUUUGAUGUGGUUAGUAGUGCUGUUUAACACCACAACCACAGAUGUAGUGGUGCAGAUCCAAGGCAAAUCAUUCUGCCUUUAAUCUCUACAACAUUUAGAGGCAUAGUAAAUACAUUUUUUCUAUUUACAAUUGAGAAAUGUUUACUCGUGCUGAUGAAACAGCAAUAGAUGACAUGUCCCAACUCAAAGCUGUUUUACAAGACCUGACGAUUCAUCAGAAUGCUCGGGGGCGACCAGAUAUCACUCGAUUGUCCAGGAAGGAGCUGGAGGACUGGUUCUGGCGCCUCUAUGACGAGUCCCUGCUCUAUAAGCAGCAUUCUAACAAACAGGAUGACAUGAUCAAGAAGCUCAGUACUAAAGUGAUGAGGCUGAAGAAGGAUCAAGGUCGUAUGGAGCAGCUGGCAGCAGGAGGAGCCCGGGCAGUCUCUAAAGUUCGAAACAAGGACAUGGAGGAGAUGUUAGAGGAGCUCCAGGAGAAGGUGCAGCAACUCCAAACUGAGAAUGAGCGACUGAAACAGCGUCUUCUCGUGGCCAAACACCAGUUACUGAACUCACAAACCAGCAGGUCACGCCCAAACAAACAAGUCCAUUCUCAAAUCAACUCUGGAUUGAAGAAGAGAACUGAUUCCCCGUCACUUGCUCAUACACCAUUGAGCCAGCUGAAGGAGGCAAGGGCCAAGAUCCACAAUCUUGAGAAUGUAAUAGAGUCUCAGCGGAGCCACAUGGAGGAGAUGGAUGCAGAGUUGGAGCAGCUGAAGGAGGCACUGAGGAAGGAGGCAGAGAAAAAUGAAAAUAGACUUCUGCAGGCACAGAUGAUCAACAAACUCAAGGAACACGUCAGCAACAACUUGACGCAGAUCCAACUGCAAAAGCAGCUGACCGACAAGUCCAAUACUGUCACUGCAUUGGAAGGUCAACUACAAGAGCAUAAGCAGACACUGAAGGCAGCGUUGCAGAAGUUGGACGAGCUGUCAGAGCAGCUCAAACAUGAGAGGCUGAAGAGUCGGGAACUGGAGAACUGGCUGCAGAUCUCCAACAACAAGUUGGAGCUGCUGCCGCAGCAGUUGAAUGAGGUGGAGCAGGAAAAAGAUCAGCUGAAGGAGAACUAUAACAAACUGCUGGACAGCAUCUUUGAUGCAUCUCAGCAACAGAAAUGGCAGGUCCAGGAGCAGCAGCUGAGGUUACAGAUCAUGCAGCUGGAGACGGACCUGAAGGCCGACCUUGAUGACAAAAAUAAAAUCCUCCAGAAGCUCAAGACUGAGCAGGAGACACAAGAGAAACUUGCAAAAGAAAACAAAAAACUUCAGUUUCAGUUUCUGGAGCAGAAGCAAGAAAUGGACAAACUGAUAGAUUGUUUAAAAGACUACAGCAAGGAGAGUGAACCAUGCAAGGAGAGAUGUGACCUGAGUGUCAUGGCGCAGGUGGAGGACAGAAGGAGCAGUAAAACAGAGAGCUGCAUCCAAGAGCUUCAAUCUGCUCAAUCGAAAACCAUCCGGGAACUGAGCGUGGGGUCGCUCCUUUGGACAAAGAACAACUACAUGGCAGAGCUGAAGGCAGCACAGCAAAAGAUGGACAGUGACAGUGUUCAUGAACAGCAGCAGCUGGAGAUUCUGACUCAGCAGAUUAAUACAAGCACUGCAAAUACAAAGAUUGUGCAAGCUCAUCUUAGGGAAACCACCUACAGCCCAAAGAGACACAUCUUCAGACAAGAAAUGACAGACUGUGCUGAGGGGGACAAGUUUGGUAAAAGGCUUCACCUGAAGUGUGAAGUCCUUGUUGAGCUUCAGAUAGUCUGUGCCAGUCUGUCUCCAUCCCUCCUGGAGGCACUGGGUGACAGCAAGCCAUACACCAUCUGUACCUACUCCUUCUACUUGUUUGAGCUGCAGUCCACUCCAGUGAUGAAAGGCCACAGACCCAAGUACAACUACAAAUCCAAGUAUAUGGUAAACAUGGACAAACACUUCCUUAACUACCUCAGCACAGAAUCUGUCACCAUCAACCUGCAUCAGGCCAUGGGUAUGGACUGUAGGAAUCUGGCGAAAGCACAGCUUCGACUGCAGCAGCUGCUCAAGCAGGAUAGUAAAGUCCACGGGACGAUAAACUUGGUCAGUGCUGAGUUGGGGACUGUCGGCUCAGUGGAUUACUGGAUGAGACUCACGGCAGAACCCAGCCGUCUGAUAAAGGGCAAUCAGGGGGCAGGGGGCGACUUCAGCUUUGCUCUGAAGGCACCACAGUCUCCGCAUGGAUUUGUUGCCAAGCAUUCAUGUUUGUUAAUUCCACCACUGCAGUAACCUGGUGAUUUUGACCAUAUCUGCUAUUUUAUGUCGUGUUGAAAGUGAAUGAGAAGAAAAGGCAAAGGAAAGACAAUUGGGCAGUAAUGUAAAAAUAUAGAUGCCAACUGUCUUAAAACACACAAAAGAACAAUGACAACAACAAGCUGGAAGAAGAGGCAAAGGAAAGAA